UGCCAUAAGAGCUACAGGCUAAAGUCAAGAAAGACGACUAUAUAUUAAAUCACUCCACUACCUUGAUUUCGCCCCAAAAAAUAUCGCCUCCACAGCAACCUCUGCUCGGUCUCCCCGCUACCAAUGUCGAUGUCUAAGCCAGCAGCAGCAGCGCCAUCAGAUCCAUCGAAGCCAAGCAAGCCACUGAAAGAAGUACCUGGAAGCUAUGGCUUGCCGGUCCUGGGAGCCGUCAAGGACCGCCUCGACUUCUACUGGUUCCAGGGAGACACCGAGUUCUUCCGCAUCCGGAUGGAGCAGCACAAGAGCACCGUCUUCCGCGUGAACUACUCCCCGGGGCCUCCUGGCUACCCGGACUCCCGCGGGAUCAUCCUGCUCGACCAGAAGAGCUUCUCGGUCCUCCUGGACAACUCCAAGGUGGACAAGUCGGACACCCUGCUCGGCCCCUACAUCCCCAACCUGGCCUUCACCGGCGGCUACCGGGUCCUCCCAUACCUGGACACCUCCGAGGCCAAGCACACCGCCUACAAGGACCUCAUCUUCGAGCUCCUCCACGUAAACUCCUCGCGGAUCAUCCCGGAGUAUAACAAAGUCUUCGCCGAGACCGCCGGAUCCUGGGAGGAGCGCAUCGCCAAGUCGGGCAAAGCGGAGGUGUUCGCCUCGUCGGACGCGAUGAUCACCAGGUUCUUGCUGCGCACCAUCGUCCACAAAGAUCCCGCGGAGCCGGGGCCGGCGAGCCUGGGACCGAAGUUCCGGGACACAUACCAGCUAUGGACGGGGGUAAACUUCGCCGGGAUCGCUCACACACCGCUUCCACACUUCUUGGAGGAGCUGCUGUUCCACACCUUCCGGCUGCCACCGUUUCUCGUGAAGAAGCAGUACAAGGCGCUCGCGAAUUUCUACCGGACGCACGCCACCGAGGCGCUGGAUCUCGCGGAGAAGAAGUAUGGGCUGGAUCGCGAGGAGACUGUCCACCAGCUCAUCCUCAUCCUGGGGAUCAAUGCGCGCCUCGGCCUGCACAAGAUGAUCCCGGCGCUCAUCUACUACCUGGGCUUGCUGGGCGAGGAUUUCCAGGCCAAGAUCGCUGCGGAGGUGCGAUCGGCUGUGCACAAGAACCGCGCCCAGGGAGAAGAGGGCGUGAAUAUCACCACCCAGGCGCUCCUGGAGAUGCCGCUGCUGCGAUCCACCGUGCUCGAGACCCUGCGGCUCACGCCCUCGAUCUUCUACAUGUAUGGCCGCGCGCGCGAGGACAUGGUGAUCGAGUCCCACGACGCCGCGUUCCAGAUCAAGAAGGGCGAGCUCCUGGGCGGGCACCAGUACUUCGUGAUGCGCGAUCCAGAGGUCUUCGAGGAGCCGCACAAGUUCGUGGCCGAUAGGUUCCUGGGGGAGCGCGGCAAGGCGGUGUUGCCGUACCUCGUCUGGUCCAACGGGCGGGAGACCGAAUCGCCGGCCUCCAGCAACAAGCAGUGCCCCGCCAAGGAUGUCGCGGAGCUCAUCACGAUGCAGUUCGUGGCGGAGAUGUUCCUCAGGUACGAUUCGUUCGAGAUCACCAAGGAUUCGUUCAUCAACACCACCGAGCUCAAUGUGCACCUCAAGUCGCUCAAGAAACGAAGCGUGUAACAGAGGAAUAUGCUUGUUUUUUGGUUUAAUAUAAACUUUGCCCUAAACCGUUUAAAAUUGUA